AUGGCGGACGGCGGCCAAUUCUCUGCUGCUCCUUUUUGGCAAAAUGGCCCUUCUCCCGGUCAGUUCUAUAACACUCCUGGCACCAAUUUAGCUUCAAGCCAAUUACCUCGAACAUACACUCAGCAGCCAAUCGUUACGGGUACUUCAGUUCUUGGUGUCACUUUUACUGGUGGUGUCGUUAUUGCUGCUGAUACAUUAGGGUCUUAUGGAUCUUUGGCUCGAUUUCGUGAUAUUAGUCGGUUAUUGAAAGUCAAUGAAAAAGUUGCUAUUGGAGCAUCAGGAGAUUAUGCUGAUUUUCAAUUUAUACGAGACAUAAUCAAUCAAAAAGUGCUAGACGGAAAAUGUUUAAAUGAUAAUUAUUGUUACUCACCAGUAGCCAUUCAUACUUGGUUAACUCGCAUUUUGUAUAAUAGGAGGACUAAAAUUAAUCCAUUAUGGAAUAACAUUAUAGUUGGUGGCUAUGAUGAAAAUGAAGGAAGUUAUUUAGGAUACGUUGAUAAACUAGGUGUUGCUUAUCAAGCUCCAACGAUUGCCACCGGUUAUGGAAGUUAUAUUGCUCAGCCAUUAUUGCGCCAGUCGUAUGAAUCAAACAAUAAUAACUUCACUGAAGAACAAGCUUUAUCAGCUAUUGAAAGAUGUAUGAGGGUAUUGUUGUACCGAGAUGGGAGAUCUGGGAAUCAAUACGAAGUAGCAAUUAUAACGAAGGAUGGUUGUCAAGUAACUUCACCUAAACCUAUCUCGACCAAUUGGGAUAUUGCCGAAUAUGUAAAGUAUGUAUAA